AUGGAGAUCUUGGGACGAAGGUUCGAGGGGGUGGAGAAUGGAGAGGGUGGUGCUGAGGGGUGUCGGGAGUGGAAGAGAAGGGCGUUGAGAGGAGGCGGAGGGCGUCGAGGAGAGACGAUGGAGGAGGUUGCGUCGAGGGGAGGAGACUAUUCUGAAGACGCUCUUUUGAAAGAAUUUCUUCGAAACAUUGGGGUAGACUAUAAGCAAGAUGAAACAGCUGGAGAACUUAGCAUAAAGCUUGCGACAGCAGUUCAAGAUAGAAGUGUAAUUCUUGUUCUAGAUGACAUUUGGAACCAAGAGGCAUGGACUAAUCUACUAAGAACGCCAUUAAACACUUCACCUACAACAAUAAUUCUUGUGACUACUCGUAAUGAUACAGUGGCACGAGCAAUUGGUGUGCAAGAUGUUCAUCGAGUUGAAUUGAUGUCGGAUGACACAGGAUGGGAGCUGUUGUGGAAAAGUAUGAACAUUAAUAAAGAGACUGAAGUGGCAAAUCUAAGGGGUACGGGUAAUGAGAUUGUCUGUAUGUGUGGUGACCUUCCCCUCGCAAUCAAGGUUACUGCUAGUGUUCUAGCAACCAAAGAGAAAACUGAGAACCAGUGGAGGCAGCUUAUAAGCAGAAGUGCUUGGUCCAUGAGCAAUGUUCCCAUUGAGCUUAGAGGAGCAUUGUAUUUGAGUUAUGAUGACCUACCAUGGCAUUUGAAGCAAUGCUUUCUAUUUUGUUCCUUGUAUCCAGAAGAUUAUAUCAUGUCUCGUAAUGAUCUUAUAAGGUAUUGGGUUUCUGAAGGUUUUAUACAGGAGCAAGGAGAGCAACUUCUUGAGGGAGGAUUUCCAAUUGGUGGUAGCAGUGUUAAUAAUGACAGAAUGCAAGAUGGAUGGAACCUAGAAGAAUUGGAUCCCCUUUGGCAGUUGAGAAGGCUUGAUAUGAUCAAACUGGAAAGAACAGUUCCUCCUAGUAAAGAUACAUUGCUAGCAAACAAAAAACAUCUCAGAGAAUUAUUGCUAUGUUGCACUGAACACACACAUGAGCCAUAUUCAGAAGAUGCUGUAAUCAAUAUUGAGAAAACCUUUGCUUUGCUAAUCCCUGCGCACAACCUAGAGAAUCUCAGUUUUGUGAAUUUCUUUGGUCGGAGGUUUCCCACCUGGCUAUAUACUGCUACCCAUUUGCCUUCACUGACAUACUUACAGCUCAUAGACUGCAAAUCAUGUGUGCAUCUUCCACCAAUUGGUCAGCUCCCCAACUUGAAAUAUAUGAGAAUCGAAGGAGCCACUGCAGUCACCCAGAUUGGACCCGAAUUUGUUGGCUCUGUGGUGGGUAAUCUCAGAUCUACAGACGCAAUUGCUUUCCCCAAGCUUGAAACAUUAAUCAUCUGGAAUAUGCCCAACUGGGAGGAGUGGUUCUUUGUUGUUGAAGAAGAAGAACAGGAAGCAACAGGUAAGGAAGGGGGAGAGGAUGGGGCUAUUGCAAGGGAAAUGGAGGAAGCCCUACUUCCAAGGAUGCAUCUGCUGCCACGAUUGAAGGAGUUGGUACUUAUCCGCUGUCCCAAGCUGAGGGCUCUCCCAUGGCAGCUUGGACAGGAGGCCACCAGCUUGAAAGUGGUCCUUUUAAGAGAUGUGCACAGCCUUAAGGUGGUGGAGAACCUCCGUUUCCUCUCGGAGGAAUUUGUAAUCGUACAUCAUGAAGGCCUAGAGAGGGUCUCAAAUCUCCCCCAAGUGAGAUUGCUGCGUGUACAGCUAUGUCCCAACUUGAGGUAUGUUGAGAGGAUGGACAACUUGCACCAGCUGUUUCAGACAGAGGAUAUGCAAUGUAUCUCGUCAUCACUGUGGCUGCCUGGACUCCAAGAGCAGCAUCGACGCCUACAUGGAGAUGACAUGGAUGUCUACACAUGGACAUGA